GGCUCGGCGGGGGCCAGGCCGGGCUGAGUUGGGUUCGGAGCGGAGGAGGCAGCCCCGCGGCCGCGAGCGCGGAGGAGACAAAGCCGCGUCCGGAGCCCCGCGGGGUUGGGGUUGGGCCCGGGCUCCGAGGCGCCCCGGCCGCGGGAGGGCUGUGCGGACCCCGCGCCGUCCCGCCACCACCAGCACCGCCGCCGCCGCCUCGCAACAGGUCCGCCGCCUCCGGGGCGGCCUCGCUCCGUGCUCCCCUCCCCCGCCCCGCGACCCCCGGGCGCCUCCGCUGGGCUCCGGGCCGCCGUCGGCCACCCGCUUCGAUGCGGUUCGGGUCCAACAUGAUGCCGUUCGUACUAUAAAAAGUUGAAGUUCCUGACUGACAAGUCGGAAGGAAGUUGGCGUUUUAAUGUCGCUGCGAAGGGCUGAUCCUGCCAGGGAAGGACAGCCCUGACUCAGCCCUGGGCGCUGUGAGCGUUUGCAGCCACCCGGCCGUUUCCUCCCCGUGCCCAGCGAGAGGCUCAGGACCUCCGUGCAGGCUGGACGUUGGUUUGACCUGAUUGUCGCUGCAGUCUAUGAUGGCGAGAACUGAGCCCAGAAGUUCCCAGGCACGAACGCUGUCGCUGGAGUCAGAGAGAAGAAUCGCGUUUCUCACAGCCGUUCCCCAGGGGGGUUAACUGGAGGGACCCAUUCUGCUGCCCCGCAUGGGAAAGAAGCACAUGAGCCAUGUCUGUGUCCGGGGGAUGUGGUGCUUUACGGUGUAUUAGAAACUAGCAAGUGUCAGGAACAUGGCAUUUGGGAAAUGUUUCUUACCGUGUACCUCAGCAACAAUGAGCAGCACUUUACCGAAGUCCCCGUGACCCCAGAAACGAUAUGCCGGGAUGUGGUGGACCUGUGCAAGGAGCCCGGCGAGAGCGACUGCCACCUGGCCGAAGUGUGGUGCGGCUCAGAACGCCCCGUCGCAGAUAACGAGCGGAUGUUCGACGUCCUGCAGAGGUUUGGAAGCCAGAGGAGCGAAGUGCGUUUCUUCCUGCGGCACGAGCGCCCCCCCGGCAGGGACUUCGUGAGUGGACCACGGCCUCAGGACCCAGCUUUGAGGAGAAAUGGCGUGAAAGUUCCUGGUGACCAUCGGAGGAAGGAGAACGGGGUUAAUAGUCCUAGGAUGGAUCUGACCCUCGCUGAGCUCCAGGAAAUGGCAUCUCGCCAGCAGCAGCAGAUAGAGGCCCAGCAGCAGAUGCUGGCGACGAAGGAACAGCGCUUGAAGUUUCUGAAGCAGCAGGAUCAGCGGCAGCAGCAGCAGGCUGCCGAGCAGGAGAAGCUCCGGAGGCUGAAAGAGAUCGCCGAGAACCAGGAAGCGAAGCUGAAGAAAGUGAGAGCGCUCAAAGGCCACGUGGAGCAGAAGAGACUGAGCAACGGGAGGCUCGUGGAGGAAAUUGAGCAGAUGAACAGUCUGUUCCAGCAGAAGCAGAGGGAGCUCGUCCUGGCCAUGUCCAAAGUCGAGGAGCUGACGAGGCAGCUCGAGAUGCUCAAGAACGGCAGGAUCGACGGCCACCAUGACAACCAGUCCGCCGUGGCCGAGCUCGACCGGCUGUACAAGGAACUGCAGUUACGAAACAAACUGAAUCAGGAGCAGAAUGCCAAGCUGCAACAACAGAGGGAGUGUUUGAAUAAGCGCAAUUCAGAGGUGGCGGUGAUGGACAAGCGUGUGAAUGAGCUGCGGGACCGGCUGUGGAAGAAGAAGGCGGCGCUGCAGCAGAAGGAGAACCUCCCCGUUUCACCUGAUGGGAACCUGCCUCCGCCAGGCGUGUCGGCGCCGAGUCGCGUGGCUGCCGUCGGUCCCUACAUCCAGUCGUCCACCAUGCCCCGGAUGCCCUCCCGGCCGGAACUGCUGGUGAAGCCGGCGCUGCCCGAUGGACCCUUGGCCAUGCAGCCUGCGGAGGGGCCCAUGAAAGUCCACACCCUGCCCAACAUGCGAUCCGGGGCCGCCGCGCAGACUAAAGGCUCUAAAGUCCAUUCGCUCGGCCCCGACUGGAGUCCCCACGCAGACCUCUUCCCGAGCCAGGCCUCUGCCCCAAAAGGCGCCGGGAGUGCGCCCGACCCAGCUGAUGAUGGAGAGGCUCCACCGAGGGAGAAGGAGAAGAAAGUGCGCCCCUUCUCCAUGUUCGACACGGUCGACCAGGCGGCUGCGCCCCCCGCCUUCGGGUCCCUGAGGAAGAACCAGAGCAGCGAGGACAUCCUGCGGGACGCGCAGGCUGCAAAUAAAAAUGGGAAAGUACCACCUCCUGUUCCAUCAAAACCCAAGCAGAUCAACUUGCCUUAUUUCGGACAAACCAGUGUGUCCCCGUCAGACAUGAAGCCCGACGGGAACCCUCUGCAGUUGUCCGCAGCCGUGGCGUCCGUGGGAAAUAAGCCCAAGCCUGCGGGGCAGCCACAGAGGGGCCUGCUGGCCCCCGGCGCACCGUCGGGCGGCCAGGACCCAGCCCUCGUGCCCGGCGCCAAGCAGGAGAGCCCACCGGCCGCGGCUGUGCGGCCCUUCACGCCACAGCCCUCCAAGGAGGCCGGCCUGCCCCCCUUCCGGAGGCCGCAGACGGUGGCGGCCAGCUCCAUCUACUCCAUGUACACGCAGCACCAGGCGCCUGGGAAGAGCUUCCAGCAGGCCGUGCAGAGCGCCCUGACCAAGGCACAGCCCCGAGGGCCACACUUCCCCAGCGUCUAUGGCAAGCCUGUGAUCACUGCCCAAAACCCACAGCCCCCGGACAGCAUUUACUCCGGGAACCAGGGCAAACCUGGCGGCCCGGAGUCCGACACGGAGCCGGCCUCCUCCGUUCCGGAGAGCCACGAGAAUGAGAGGAUUCCUCGGCCCCUCAGCCCCACCAAGUUACUGCCUUUCCUGUCACAUCCCUACCGAAACCAGAGCGACGUUGACCUCGAAGCUCUGCGGAAGAAACUGUCCAACGCCCCCCGGCCCCUGAAGAAGCGCAGCUCCAUCACAGAGCCAGAAGGGCCCAAUGGGCCCAACAUUCAGAAGCUCCUGUACCAGCGGACCACCAUCGCUGCCAUGGAGACCAUCUCGGUGCCCUCCUACCCGGCCACGGCGAGCGCAGUGACUGCCGGCCCCGAGAGCCCCAUGGAGAUCCAGAACCCGUAUGCACACGCGGAGCCGGAGAAGGAGGUGGCCUGUCUGGCCCCUGAGCCCGUGUCCCCGGAGGUGGCCACCCACGCCAGCACAGCGAACAGUGACGUGCCAGCUCCUCCCCUGGGCCUGGAUUAUGUGUCCGAAGGCACCCCGGACACCAGCCCGAGUUUCCCGAAUAACGUGGAAGAACCGAAUCCAGAGGCUCCCCACCUGCUGGAGGUGUACCUGGAGGAGUAUCCCCCCUACCCUCCGCCACCGUACCCCUCGGGGGAGCCAGAGGGGCUGGGGGAAGACUCCGGGAGCCUGCGUCCGCCUGAGAUCACCGGGCAGGUGUCGCUGCCUCCGGGCAAAAGGACCAACUUACGUAAGACUGGUUCCGAGCGAAUUGCCCACGGAAUGAGGGUGAAGUUCAACCCCCUGGCUUUGCUUCUAGAUUCAUCUCUGGAGGGAGAGUUUGACCUUGUACAGAGGAUUAUCUAUGAGGUGGAGGACCCGAGCCUGCCCAACGACGAGGGCAUCACGGCGCUCCACAACGCCGUGUGCGCCGGCCACACGGAGAUUGUGAAGUUCCUGGUGCAGUUUGGUGUGAACGUAAAUGCUGCUGACAGCGACGGGUGGACCCCCCUGCAUUGCGCGGCCUCCUGCAACAACGUCCAGGUGUGUAAGUUCCUGGUGGAGUCGGGGGCCGCCGUGUUUGCCAUGACCUACAGCGACAUGCAGACGGCCGCGGACAAGUGCGAGGAGAUGGAGGAGGGCUACACGCAGUGCUCCCAGUUUCUGUACGGCGUCCAGGAGAAGAUGGGCAUCAUGAACAAAGGCGUCAUCUAUGCGCUCUGGGAUUACGAGCCUCAGAAUGAGGACGAGCUGCCCAUGAAGGAGGGAGACUGCAUGACCGUCCUCCGGCGGGAGGACGAGGACGAGGUGGAGUGGUGGUGGGCGCGCCUGAACGACAAGGAGGGCUACGUCCCGCGCAACCUGCUGGGGCUGUACCCAAGAAUUAAACCAAGACAGAGGAGCUUGGCCUGAAACCUGACUGAAGGUAGUUAAUGAAGAACUAAUCUCUGUUACCACUAAGAAGUCAUAGGAUUGUUUUGGGCACAAUCUCACAAGACUUAUUUCAAUGACGCCGUAACGUGAGAGCCAUGAGAAUGCUCUGGAAGAAAUGAAGGAUGGAAGAACUCCCUGUUGGUGCAGGACGGCGGCACCAGGAAGUGGAGCUUAGGCGGAAGUGGCCUCACUGCGCUGGGACAGGCGUGCCAGGAGCACUCAGACACAGCGACAGCCUCUUUCCGCCAGAAGCAGGCCCGUGUCGGGCUCCUGGGAGACCCUUGGAGUUUUCCAGCACCUGCCCCUGUGCCUGUCCCCCCACGGGAAGGACCAGGGCCAUCACGGGCCACCCUGGGCCACCUCUGAUGGCCCCAGCUGCCCUCGGGGCCCAUGAAGGCUCGAAGGUGCACACGCCCGUGCCCUGUCAGUGAAGGGCGGUUGGCGGCCAGUGAGCAGUGACUUCAUUGUUACACGUGCUUGUAGCAUUUUAAGAAUUAGGCAUAUAUUUGAAAUAUUGAAACCAAGCUACACUACAGAUAAUUAGGUUUGGAAUCUUGUUUUUAGGCCACAUUUGAAUCUAUAUUUAUUGCCUUUUGUAUCUUGGAAAUGACUUGUUAUAGACUGACCCAUAAUACUUGGCAAGAUCAUAGCUGACUUUGAAAACAGUUGUAAUAAAAGUACAUGUGGGACUUUG